GUGAGCAAUUGUGAGCAGUAGUAAGUGCCUCAUCUGCUUGCUUGCCUGCUUAUUUGCUUGUCUGUCUGCCUGCCCGCCUACUGCUUGUCUGCCCAAAAGAUUGACUGACUACUGAUUGCUGUCUGCCUCACACGAUACAUCAUUUAAUCUAUUGGUCCAAAUACUACGACCAGUUUAAAAGGGCAAUCUAGUGAUGUGUGGUGAGCUGCAUUCAAGAGAUUAUGGAUAGACUUCCUGACUGGACUUAUGGUACAAAUGGGACGACGUCACAACCGGGCCAAAACUGCGGCAAUUUGACAAGUUUGUCACCUGACGAAAUUCUGGUAACUGCCCCAUCCUGGGCUGCAGUUAAUAAACAUUUAAAAUGGAUUUUUCCCUUACACUCCUAUGGAUUUGCGUGUCUUUUCUUUGUACUGAGUUUUUAUACUCUGUUCUCAAUUUUAAAUUUAAGGUCGCUAAUUUCUAGUCGGCCUUUUAUGACAACAAUUAACGUAUUUUUAUGUCUUCUUGGAGUAUCUCGAAGUGGCUGUCUAUUUAUCGAUCCUUACAAUCUUCAAGAGACAAUGCCGAAAGUAAUUGGCUCAAUAAUGUGGGACAUUGGAUUUCCUUGCGUGACCUCGGCCUUUUGCCUCGUCCAAUUGGCCUUCCUUCAACUCACCCAAAUUAAAUUUGGCCCUUCAAAAUUACAAAAAGAAUCAUGGUUGAGUUUCGUUAUAACUUCACAUUUUUCAUUCGUUAUUGCAAGCGAUGUUGCUUUGGCUUUUCAUAAUCACUACAUAACUAAGUACGUUGUACAAACGUUGUUUCUUAUUUGGAGUAUUAUAUUGUACCUGACAUUUCUUCACGCCGGCUACAAAGCCAUGGAUAUAGUAAGAACUUUACCAAGUAAUGCGCUUAUACGGGACAAUUCAUUGGGCAAUCAAAAGGGUAUAAUGCAAUUAGCAAUACUGGCUCCAUACAAUAAUCUCGCUACCUCUGUUGCUGCAGCUCUUGUUCCCACAUUGUUUAGCCAAAGAACAAAGUCUGAAGAUACUGAAAUAAUAAAUAUAAAUUGCAGUGAUACCAAUAAUAAAAUGGAUAAUGAAAAAAGGGACCAAUUUAAUAAUUCGACAGCAAUAUCAAAUAUUAAAAAUAAUAAAGAUUAUAAUAAUUAUAAACAAUCGCAGCAGCCAACAUCAACUGUCCCAGAAGUAUAUGUAAGACCACCGACUCCUACUCCAACUCCAACAGGAGUUCUUCCGAUAAUAACAGUAUCGUGUCCAAGUCGUCGAAGUUCAUUAGCUAGCAGUCGCAGGGGUAGUGACGUGUCAGCAUCAGCAUCAGCACGCGAAUCGCGCAGAAAUUCGACAACCAGCGUUAAAUUUAUAAAUGAAGAAGAUGACACAUCAAUUAAUGAAAAUAAAAAUUCUCCUGUUGCUGACAGACCAGUUACACCAAUUACACCUGAGGGAAUAUUGAGGAGAAAUUCAGACAUAACAACACCAACCGGUAGCUCUAAAGAUAUUCGAAGAUGUUCUGAUUUUACUCAUGAAAAAAAUCGGACUUCACAAUUUGCCACUAAGUUGAGAAGAAAUUCAGAUUUUGGUAAUCGAACACCCAAAAGAAUGCUACCGACUGAUGAUCCGACAACAAGAUUACCUCAAGUUCUCGAUAUAAGUCCUAGUAGUUCGCGAAGAAACUCCGAUUUAGGUGGUCUAGCUGCUGUUAAAGUACCCGAAUCUCGACGUAAUUCAGAUGUUUCUUAUAGACGUAGUUCUGAUUUGGCUCAAAUGCGACCACUAUUUACAAACCGUCGUACCAGUGACGUCAGUAUCAAGACCUUGGAUAAAAGCCCGACACACUUUCAGAGUACAGUAGUACCUAAGAUGGAAAUAUUGGAAAAUAAGUCUGAAUCAGAUUCAGAUCAACAUGAUUAUUGUAAUGAAAAGGCUGCACUGAUGAAUAAUGAUAAGCCAAAAUUAAAGGAAGAAGAUAAUAAAGGACGUAAAAAAAGUCUAUCAUGGAAAAAUAUCGACAAGUUUAAAGACGAUCAAGAUAUAACUGCUGAGAGCAGUUUAUUACCUGAUAAUAAUUCAGCAUCUGAUCGAAACGGAGGAGGAAGCGACUUUACUCUUCACGCGAUUCUAAAUCACAUUGCCAAUGUCAAUCGCGCUAAAACAGAUAUUCCUCUUCAAAUAGAAUCAUCCUGUGGAGCUGGUCGUAAAUCACAAAUACGCCGAGUUCUUCACGUUAUUUAUGCAACAGCUAUCUUGGGAAUACUUCUCUGCAUUGUAGACAUUGCGAGAAUAUUUGGACCAUAUGGUUUAUUAGGAGAAACUUUAAACUAUGGAGAACGUUUGGAGGCUGUUAAAUAUCCGAAACCGCUACCUUGGCUCAUUUAUCAGACUAUUUGUCGUGGGUUGGAACUGAUAAUGGGUUGCUGUAUGGCAAGUAUCACUAAACAAUCUUCAAUGAGCCCAAGGCAUCAGUAUUUUAAUAAUUACAGUACUAGCUAUCGUUUUAAACAGCGGGAUAAUCCUUAUAUAUAAAUAUAUAUUAUAAUAUCUAUAACAUGAUGAUUAAGGGCAUUCUCAGACAGUGUUCCCCACUUUUUAAAAAUUUUAAAUUACUUUCAAUUUUAGAAAAUUAAAACAUUAAUUAAAAAAAGGA